CUCCGACUAACACACUGCAUUGUCGCCACUGAUCAGCGAGUGGUGGGGCAGCCAUAGCCAUCAUUAUCACAAGAACCCAUCAAGCCGUGUUAAUCUGCCUCCCUUUUCCUUUAACCCCAACAGCAAGUCAGCAACCCCAAACCACACCACACGGCCCAACUACUUCAUCUUCUCCAUUUCUCUGCAACUCAUCAUCCAUCUGCUUUAAUGGCCGACGCUGAAGAUCACACCCAACAAAACCCCACGUGGCCGGAACUCUUGGGCAGCGACGACUGGGAAGGUUUGCUUCACCCUCUCGACCAUGACCUCCGCAACCUCAUCCUCCGCUCCGGCGACCUUAUUCAGGCCACCUACGACGCCUUCAACAAUGACUCAAACUCUCGCUUCUGUGGCUCCAGCCGCUACGGCAAGAAGUCCUUCUUCCAAAAGGUCAUGUUCGACCGCCCCGAUGAUUACACCGUCGUGUCUUUUCUUUAUGCCACCGCUAGAGUCAGUGUUCCGGAGGCUUUUCUUCUCAAGUCCUUGUCUAGGGAGUCCUACCGUGAGUCUAACUGGAUCGGCUACAUCGCCGUCACCUCCGACGAGGUCAGUGCCUCCUUGGGCCGCCGCGAAAUCUACAUCGUCUGGCGUGGGACGACUCGGAAUUACGAGUGGGUCGAUGUCAUGGGAGCUAAACCCGACUCUGCUAAAGCUCUGUUAAGCCCUCGGACCCUCGAAGAACUACAAAUCAGCCCUGGAAAUGAAGGUUCUUGGAGCAGUGAAGACGACGACGACGAAGAACAUGGGAACAUCCCGAAAGUUAUGAGGGGUUGGCUAACGAUCUACGUCUCGGAGGACCCUAAAUCGUCGUUUACAAAAACGAGCGUCAGAACCCAAAUUCAGAGCAAAAUCAAACACUUGUUGAAUCUUUACAAAGACGAGAAACCGAGCGUGAUUCUGGUUGGGCAUAGUCUAGGAGCAAGCCUAUCCAUUCUUUCUUGCUUCGACCUGGUCGAAAAUGGCGUCACCGACGUCCCUGUAUGUGCUUUCGUGUUCGGGUCUCCUCAGGUCGGAAACAGGGCAUUCAACGAGAGGUUCAAGAAAUUUCCCAACCUGAAGGUCCUGCACAUAAGGAACAAGAUCGAUCUCAUACCACAUUACCCAGGAAGGUUACUGGGGUACGCAGAGACAGGAACAGAAUUGGAGAUCGAUACAAGGAAAUCGCCAUUCUUGAAGGACUCGAAGAACCCGAGCGACUGGCAUAAUUUGCAGGCGAUGCUGCACGUGGUUGGAGGAUGGAACGGGAGUGAGGGUGAGUUUGAGAUGAAGGUGAGGAGAAGCUUGGCUCUGGUGAACAAAUCGUGUGACUUCUUGAAGGAAGAGUGCAGAGUUCCUGCGUCGUGGUGGGUGGAGAAGAACAAGGGCAUGGUUCUCCGGCACGACGGAGAGUGGGUUUUGGACUUGCCGGAGGAGGAGGACCUUCCUGUUCCUGAAGAUCCCUGAAGAGUCGAUCUUUCAAAAAUGUAAGAUGUCAUACUUUUUGUUGAAGUGGGGUGUGACAAUCAGGGUACGUGGGGACGGGGUUGAUGGUUUUAGUGAUACAAUGCUCGGAGUAUUUAUCUCAUUUUAUAUUAAAUAUGCUGGGACGCUAGCUGUCAGAAUUUUUGUCAUCAGUGAACAAUGAGGGGUUUGAAGGUUAAAGAUGAAAAUCAUGGUAUUACUUUGCUAGGUGUUCUAAUGUUUGUAUACCUUCUAUGUGAAGUCUUUUCAUGGGGUGAAAGUAAAUAAAGUUUACUGAGUUAAGUUUGUGGGGACUAAAAAAUAUCU